AUGUUCUCUGCAGCUGCAGCUUAUGGAGAGGGAUAUGGAACUCGACAGCCAGAUGAUCCUGAAUGGCCAUUAUGGGAACCAGGCGCCGGACCAUCAUCAAAUCCCCAAGCCGGGCCAUCAUCAUAUGCAUCACGUGCUAGAUCAGCGUCGUCGAGGGCUCCUCCAGCGGUACCGCCACCUCCAUCUUCAGGCUAUCAACAUGGAACCGGUCUCACAGAUUAUUCAACCCCGCCUUACGCACCCGGUAAUAUUUCUUUACGUCAUACACGGUCUACACCCAGUCUAAGACAUAACACGCCAAUUUUAAAACCUCGAAAGUCAGCUUUAAGAAGGAUGAUUUCUCAACCUAUGAUGUUUACUGCAGCGAAUACGAGGACUAGAAGAAGGAUUUCUAGAGAGUAUAGAGAGAUUCAAGAGUCGAUUGAAAAAGCAGAGUUGAAUCCGGAGGAAUAUGCACAAGUACUUCGGGAUAGAGCUAUGCAUGCGGUGAGAUUUCAACAAACGAAAGUUAAUCAGAAUGCUGGGGGGAGGUUGAUUCCUGAUGAAAUUGUUCAUGAGGCAUGUUUGGCGGUAUGUUAUAAUGCGCUUCAUAGGGAGGAUGAGGCUUUGAAAAGGGCGAUUGAGUUUUUGAGGGUUAUGGAUAAGAAUUUGAGGGUUGAACUUUCGGAGUUUGUGAAGUCUGUUAUUAAGAGUUCUGGGGGUACUAGGGUGGAGUUGGUGGUUGCGGAGAGGUGGGAAGGGUUUAUGAAGGGUGUUUUGGGGAAUUUGGCGGUUGAUUGGACUCCCAGUGGGACUGUUAGAUGUGUGGGGGUGAGGUGGAGUAGUGAGGAGAGGAAGUGGGAGAUGAGGAAGUUUAUUGGAGUUGUUUGGUAUGCGUUGAAGGUUUUUGAGGGGCAGAUCGAUCCAUCUGCGGAAACGAUUCCGGAUUAUGCUGUCCGGAUUGGUGGUGAUCAGAGCGAGAUCCCAGCCGACGUCACCAUUCUUUGCCCUUACUUUACAGAACGAAAGACCGUUCGAAAUCAAAUACGCAGGUACCUUAAUCAAUUAUUCGAGCCGGGCCGUUGGGAAAGGAUCGCACCCUUGCUUUGGCUUGUUAAUGUAUCAAACGCCUUACCAGCUGUACGAGAUCCGGAUGAAUACCAGACUAAACUAAGCCUUGAUUUCGACGAACCGGACGUGGGAACACUUGGUGGAGAGGGAACACCCAAAGUUGAUUCGGGAGCAAGGAUUGUGAUGAUACAACUUGGAAGAGCGGAGUUUGCGAUUUAUAGGGUUUUUGAAGAACCCGAGGACGAAGAGUAUCAGUAUUUCAGGUGGUCCACUAGACGGAUGGAUGAGCCUAGGCCCACGAGAGUGAAUAAUAAGGAUUUGAUGGAGUUUUUUAGAGUUGGAGAUGCAUGGGAGGAUGAAGGGCAGAGGAGGGUAAAAUGGAAAGUUGGGGAAGUUGGAAGGAUGGUGAGGAAUUGUAGGUUAAGUGGCGAAGUUAGGUUUUUAUAUGCAUGUUUGGAGGCGGGGAUUGAAAUGGCUUAUACUACACGACAGGGAGCUUGGUUGGGAGUUUCUGAGGUUGUUGAUGGGCUUCCUGAUCGAGGUGAGGAGGAUAGUGUUUUUAGAGGGUUUAGCGGGGAGUUUACGGAUGAAGCUAGAGCUGGGGGGUUUAAUAUUGAGCCUGGGAGGCCGAGGCUUUCGGAGAUGACGCCGGCGGAGAUUAGGAUGUCGGGGUUUAAUAAGCAGGUGUCGGAUGGAGUAUGGUCAUACUUUGGAUACCGAGUAUUCGACGUCAAGUACGAAACGGAACCCAAGACGUUAGAUUUUUUGGAAUCGGCAUUGGCGCCGCAGGAUCCUCGAUGGAUUGAUUUUGGACUUCCCAGUAAUUGGCAACAAGGGCAUAUAGCUUUACCGUGGGAAGCAGCGUAUAGGGAAAUUCAGGAUAUGGACAGUGAGAUUGCUAUAACGCGGAAUAUUGAAGAAGUUGCUAAAAUGGUCACGCCGAUGUGGAAACAGGUUCUGUUGAGGAAAGUUGAGAGGGAUAGGGAGAGUAUGAUUAAGGGAUUGUGGGGGGAUAAAACUGGGGGAAGGAAGUUGAAGGGGUUGAAGAAGAAGAGGGGUGCGGGUUGGUAUGGGAAUUUUGAUUUUGAUUUUAAUUUUAUUAAUUCUGGGGGCCGGUCGAAUAAAUUUAAAAGUUUAAGGUUUGGCCGGGGGGUAUUUGGUGGUAAGAAGGGAGGGGGGUUUGUGGAGAAGAGGGAGAGGAUGAGGAUUAAGGCAGUUGGGGUUUUGGGGUUUGAAAGUUCGGAUUGUUGGGAUGAUGAAGUUUGGGGGAAGGAGAGGUUUAGGAGGGUUUUUGAGUAA